AUGGGGAGACGCGUCAAAAAAACGAAAUCGAACAACUCUGGCGCUGAUCAAAUCCCUGAGGACUUGGUGAUGGAGAUCGUUGGGAGAUUGCCUGUGAAAACCGUAGCUAGGUUUCUCCUAGUAUCCAAGUCAUGGGCAAGGAUCAUCCGCAGUCGAGAAUUCAUCGUAUCUUUCCCGUUGGGGUCUUGUUCGUCGCAGCCUCGUCUCCUAGUCGCCUACGUUGACAUUACAUUAGGGAUGCAAAGCCAAGAUUGGGAGUGCCGCUUCUUCUCAUCGUCUUACUCAUCAUCAACGUCUCUUCUAUCACGUGUUGCCCAUUCGUUCCCAAUAGAUCUGUCUACUCAAAAGUACCAUUGUGGAUUUGCUCAAGUUAACCGUAGAACCGGUACGUAUGUAUCAGGAAAUUAUCGUCGUCAUGAGCUCGAGUACUAUUAUUCUCAUUAUGUUAAUGGAUUGAUAAGUCUUGGAUACGGUCAAGAGCAAAUCAUAUGCAACCCAAGCACCGGUCACUUCACUAUUCUACCUAAAGUGGUCGAAGCCACGGGACUGCUCGCCAAAAGCAGCUUCUUCGGGUAUGAACCGGUUAACGGUGAAUACAAAGUACUAUGCAUGACGAAAAAGCGAGGUGAUGGUCCAUACCAAAAAUAUCAAGUCUUCACGUUGGGAGCUGAGCCAAAAUCAUGGAGAAUGAUAGAUUCUAGCAUUCCUCACAGUCCUCUCUCUAACGGCCUGUGUUUAGAUGGAGCUGUCUACUAUAUUGCUUCCACGCCAUUAGGGCAAACGAGCUUAAUGAGAUUUGAUUUGAGGUCUGAAGAGUUGGAUCGGUUUACUAGUCUACCCUCGGACUUACAAGCUGCUGACACUUUGAUAAACUACGAGGGGAAGAUAGCCAUACCCUUGCGGAGUAGGAUUGAUAUGUAA